CGCACCCUCUGGUUUGUCGCAGGUUUGGUGACGUCCAACAAUCGACUUGGUCUGAAGUCUGCGGGACAGGCCUACAGACACUUUUUAUGUUGUUCUUGCGCCUACUUUUUUUGGUCGAUGCCGUGAUUUCGGCACUCGUCUUGGCCGAAUAUGAGCCGAUGAACGUCUUUGCCCCGCGAUUGGAGGGAAAAACGGUCGCGAAGGUUCGUCACCUAGCCGGACAGAAGCUACUGCUAGCUGCCGAGUGGGGAAGGAAGUGAGGAGCGGAAAAAAAAAUGACAUCUCGGAGGUGGUUUCACCCCAACAUCACGGGCGUGGAGGCGGAGAACCUGCUGCUGACUCGCGGCGUGGACGGCAGCUUUUUAGCGAGACCCAGCAAGAGUAACCCCGGAGACUUCACCCUGUCAGUGCGGCGGAACGGCGCCGUCACCCACAUCAAGAUCCAGAACACGGGCGACUACUAUGACCUGUACGGCGGCGAGAAGUUUGCCACGCUGGCUGAGCUGGUGCAGUACUACAUGGAGCACCACGGGCAGCUCAAGGAGAAGAACGGCGACGUCAUCGAGCUCAAGUAUCCGCUCAACUGCGCCGACCCGACUUCGGAGAGAUGGUUCCACGGGCACCUAUCGGGUCGCGAGGCCGAGAAGCUUUUGACGGAAAAAGGCAAGAACGGCAGCUUCCUGGUGCGGGAGAGCCAGAGCCACCCCGGGGACUUCGUGCUGUCGGUGCGCACGGGCGACGACAAGACGGACAGCAGCGACAGCAAGCCCAAAGUCACGCACGUCAUGAUCCGAUGCCAGCACGACCUGAAGUACGAUGUGGGCGGUGGCGAGAAGUUUGACUCCCUCACUGACCUGGUGGAGCACUACAAGAAGAACCCCAUGGUGGAGACCCUCGGCACCGUGCUGCAGCUCAAGCAGCCCCUCAACACCACGCGCAUCAACGCAGCAGAGAUCGAAAGUCGAGUGCGGGAGCUGAGCAAACUGGCGGAGGCCACAGAUAAAGUCAAGCAAGGUUUUUGGGAGGAGUUUGAGACCUUGCAGCAGCAGGAGUGCAAGCUGCUGUACAGCCGCAAAGAGGGCCAGAGGGCCGAGAACAAGAACAAGAACCGAUACAAGAACAUUCUGCCUUUCGACCACACACGGGUGGUCCUGACGGACGGAGACCCCAACGAGCCGGGAUCCGACUACAUCAACGCCAAUAUCAUCAUGGUAGUAUCCCCGAGCGUGCCCGACCAGGACAACAAGUGCAACAGCGCCAAGCUGAGGAAGUCGUACAUCGCCACUCAGGGCUGCCUGCAGAACACCAUCAGCGACUUCUGGAGGAUGGUCUUCCAGGAGAACUCGCGGGUCAUUGUCAUGACCACCAAGGAGGUCGAGAGGGGGAAGAGUAAAUGUGUGAAGUACUGGCCCGACAUGUCGGCUCUGAAGGAAUACGGCGCCAUGCGGGUUCGCAACGUCCGAGAGACGGCGGCGCACGACUACAUCCUCAGAGAACUCAAACUCUCCAAAGUGGGACAGGGCAACACGGAGCGCACGGUGUGGCAGUACCACUUCAGGGCCUGGCCCGACCACGGCGUCCCCACGGACCCCGGCGGCGUUCUGGACUUCUUGGAGGAGGUCAACCUGAAGCAGGAGAGCAUCUUGGACGCCGGGCCCAUCGCCGUUCACUGCAGUGCAGGGAUCGGACGGACGGGGACCUUCAUCGUCAUCGACAUCCUCAUCGACAUCAUCCGAGAAAAAGGCGUGGACUGCGACAUCGACGUUCCCAAGAGCAUCCAGAUGGUGCGUUCCCAGCGCUCUGGAAUGGUUCAGACGGAGGCUCAGUACCGCUUCAUCUACAUGGCCGUGCAACACUACAUCGAGACGCUGCAGCGGCGGAUCGUGGAGGAGCAGAAAAGUAAGAUCAAAGGUCGCGAGUACACCAACAUCAAGUAUUCUCUGUCAGACCUGACGGGUGGCGAGCAGAGUCCGCUUCCUCCGUGCACGCCGCUGCCCACGCCCACCUGCGCAGAGAUGCGCGAGGACAACUCCCGAGUGUACGAGAACGUCGGCCUGAUGCAGCAGCAGAAGAGCUUCAGAUGAGAUCGGCCAUGAUUCCACGACCCCUUGACGCCUGACCGUUUCCUCGCCAGCCUCACCGCGCCGCUGACAACGGGACAUCACCAACCACAGUAAAACAACAGAAGACGAAAGAAAGAAAGAAAGAAAGAAAGAAAGAAAGAAAGAGAGAGUGAGAGAGGGACGGGGAAGCUUUUUGGCCCUCCGGUCCAACCCCGAACCACUGUGAUGCUCACGCCGGCCACCGAGCGGCGCCAAAUCCCCAUCGACCAAACCUGACCAGUUACCGUUUAAUCAAAGCCAACCCCCAUUCUUUUUUCUUUUCGUUUCUUUUUUUUAGCUAAAGCAACACUUGUCGAUUGUUUGUAGGGUUAGCAGAGAAAGUUGUGCCAAACGUCAGACAUUCUGACGAUUGGCAGAAGAUUGGACUCGUGACCUUGCCGCAACUGCCUUGAACACAAAACCCGCGUCCUCAUGUUCACGCCGUCUCCGUCGAACGUCCAUUCACGUGGCGUUUGUUUGCGGGCCUCGUCUGAUUGGCUGCGGCUGUUGUCCAGUCAGACAUGAAACGUUCAUUUUUAAGUGCAUAAUUAUACGCUACGCUUAAAAAGUUUGGGAUAUUGGGCUUUGGAGUGAAAUUUUCAUGACUCAAAAUAGGGCCUGACCAAUUAAUCGGCGGAUAUUAACCCUUUUCAAAUAUUUAUUUUAAUUUUUUUUAAAUACGCAUUGACACAUUAUAACGUCAGACAAAGAAAAUGAGAUUCAAACAAACAUUCCCCCCCAAAUAAAUCUGUAAAAAUAAACCCAAAAAUCGGCCAACGAUAAUGACGUUCAAACGAACAACAAUGCCAAGUUUGGUGUAACUUUCAGUGUUUAUAUAUAUAUAUAUAUAUAUAUAUUUCUUUUUAAAUUAAUGGUCUGAAUAAUCUGUAGUCGGAAUGGAUUUUAUAUAUAUAGUUUUUUAAUCGGCUGAAUAAUCUGUCCAAAACAUUCCAUAUAGGUCGGGCGUAGCUCAACCACCGGUUGUUAAUGUUGCGUGGUUACAAAACAGCAAGUUGUGCAAAAUGUACUGAAACAUUUGGACGUGUGUUUAAAAGUUGACACAAGGUCAAAUGAAGUUCACGUGCACUUUAGGCUCAUCCUGACAUUUCACCCCAAAGCGCAACAUCUCAAACUUUUUGUGAGUAGUGUUUGUCGUCUUUCUUGUUUUUUUAAAUCUAACGAAUUGCCUUGCGCGUACCGUUGCCCCUGCCGCCACGUGGUCGCCAAAGGUGACGAGAAGCCCGAUAUCGCUGCCCCUUAGCUUAGCUUAGCUUAGCAUAGCAUACAGUCAGUGAGUCUUCUAACUCCGGCAGCCACUGGCUAAGGAAAAUGCGCCACGUUGCAACGCUAUUGUUAACACUCGAGACACUAUGACGAAAGGAAGCACAUACUGUAACUCCGAAAGAAAAUGCCAUCUGGUUCCAUGGCUCACUGUUGCCCCCUGAAGAACUUGCUGGUUUUCCAAGAUCUUGUCAGGCCAAAAACAAAAAUACAUAGUCGAGCGCUACUUUGACUUCAAAGUUUUCAAUUGUUCCCUGACUGAGCUUGUCACUGAAUUUACUCGUGAGCCCAAAUUGUUGUGGUGCUCUCAAGCGUUUGAGCAUUUGAUUUGAUAUCCUCGAUAUCCAUCGUAAGCUCCAUGUACGAUUGUGCUCUUGGUCCUCGCGAGUCAGAAAAUUCAGCGCAUUAGAGCAUGACAAUCGUACACAUUUAUUUGUUUUUUGCCACUACGAAUGCCACUUUUUGUGACUGUGCUGCACUAGUAGUACUCAAGGUCCAACUAGUAGGCAUGUGUCGCAUACUAGUAGCAUCCUGGACCCUACUAGUAUUGCGAAAAAAGGCCCACUAGCGGUUUCCCUCAUAUUUCUGACAUGUAGCUGUCCUACUAGUAUGCCACAGUUAAAACAAUUCUACAUUGUCAACAUUCAGCAGUAGUACUAGCUGCCAAAGAUGUCAUCGGUGGGCAAUUUACGAUGAAGAUGUAGCAAAGUACGACGACUACUUUCUAAUUGAAACUCAUAAACUCACCUCAACAUAGUUCCUUGGCACCAAGAUGCCCAAAAUGGUGGCAAAGCACUACUUUUACCUAAAUGUAGCGCCUCAACUCACUGAAACAGUUUGUUGGCAUUGAGAUAGCGCCAAAGCAUUACUUUUGUCUAAAUGAAGCUCCUCAACUCACUUCAACGUAGUUUCUUUGCAGCAAGAUGCUCCAAGGUGGCACAAAAGCACUACUUUUGCCUAAAUGAAGCUCCUCGGCUCACGUCAACAUCGUGUAUUUUCACCAAGAUGCUCCAAGGUGGCACAAAAGCACUACUUUUGUCUAAAUGAAGCGCGUCAACUCACGUCAAGAUAGCUUAUUGGCGUGAAGAUAGCGCCAAAGCAUUACUUUUGCCUAAAUGAAGCUCCUCAGCUCACGUCAACAUCGUGUAUUUUCAGCAAGAUGCUCCAAGAUGGCACAAAAGCACUACUUUUGUCUAAACGAAGCGCGUCAACUCACUUCAAGAUAGUUUUGUUGACAUUAAAAUGCCACAAGAUGGUCCCAAAGCACUACGUUUGUCUAAAUGAAACUUGUCAACUCACUUUAACGUAGCUCCUUGGCAACAAGGUGUCACAAGAUGGCGCCAAAGCUAUACUUUUACCACAAACUGAGCAGGCGAAAGGUUUCUCCCUAGCGUGUGUUCUUAAUUGUUCCUUUAUCGAGAAUGUUUUAUCACAAACUGAACAAGCAAAAGCUUCAAUACUUUUAUUACUUAGGCUUGAGCGCAAAAAGUGACUUUUUCAGCAUAUAAUGGAGGAUAGACGCCAAAACAAAUCUGCAAAGGGUCAGGGUGACUAUGCGGGGGUACACUAUAGUAGAAAACAAGCCAGUAGUUCUACUAGUGCGCCAAAUUGUCGUACUUGUGCGUGCUGGUACAUGGCCGUUAAGAUAGUUAUCGAGGAUAUCGUCUGAAUCCUCAAACGACUUUGCUGGAGAAGGCUCGCAAAUUUGCCCCGUAACGCGAACAACUCGCACGCCGGCCAUGGUGCCGCGGCAUCCCUUUUCGGUUGCUUGAUGCUCCGCUAAGGCGCGCUAUCGCUCUUCUCGUCCGUGUCGUCAUCCGCUCAUUCUUCAAACGCGGCCUGGCGAUUUCCUCACUUGGCCUUCGUACCGCGCAGCCGAGAACAGGAAGCGGCGGCGGCGCUUCUCCUCGAGCGGCCGCGCCGGGCUCCGUCCGCAUUCACCGUGAUACCACGCGGCAACUCGCGGACGUGCCUUCCGCGCCGUCACGUGACGGCGGCCGCACCGCUCUUUAACACUCGAAUGUGACUCUGACGGCGGGGGAAAAAGAAAAUAAAAAAUCUAUUUUUGAAGGUGUAUAUUGUACAUGAGCAGAAUGUACUGACAAAAAAAAACAUAUCUACUUGCCAAUAAGAUAAAGUGUAUGUAUAUGCAUAGUGUUCUCUCUUGACACACACACACACACGACUAACGAGAGAGUUUAUUAUAAAGAUUUAAAAAAAAAAAAAAAGCAACAAAAAAAUUGCAGUUAACCACGUUAACGUCCUCACGAAGAAUAAAUGGCGAGCUCAUGCCUCAUUUCACUGCUGUGUUUUGGAUUUAUUUAUUGUUUUUAAUGAAAGUGGACCAAACUAAAUGACUUAGAAACUCCAAGUUGGAAGGCACAUUUUGCGGUUUAAAACGUCGCAGAGCCUCGAGUCUUGUUUUCCCCAAAUGAAGGCCUUAAUUAUGCUUAGAAAUGACACUUACUUCUUCGAUUGCUUCAAAAUGCCAUUGACAAAAUAAACAACACUGUUUUGUUUUCUUUGAAAUACUUUGUAAAGAAUUUUUCAUUUUGUGUUUUUGCACUUUUCUUGCUACUAUUGUCAU